CUGAGCCCAGAGCAAACUUCCCCUCUAUCAUCGAAAGCUGCAAACAAGAUUGCUCACACAACAUCUCUCUCACUCACACGACUCGCAAAAAAAACAAAAGGGGACCAACAUGCCAAGUAAAGGUAUUCAGGUUUAUACCUAUCUCGCAGCACCAGACUGCUCCAUUGAGCUGUCAGUCCCGGGUCAGACUGUUGUCAAUGACCAGCUGCACCACUUCUGGAACGGUGGCCUUGAGGUCGAAACCAGCAAGAUUGACAGCUUCUUCGACAAGACUGGUCGCUUCGUCUUCAAGGUCCUGCACGAGGGUAGGCUGAUCACAGAGCAAUGGGUUGAGGUGAAUGCUCUCACGGGCAGCGUCGGCGAGGGAACAAUGACAGCCAUCGCAAACACGCAUUCAAUUGUCCACCCAGACCCGCAAAUCAUUGUCUCGUACGGCUUUUACGAGGCUGGCCACGGCCACGAUAUUCUUCCUAACCGACAUCAGUGUUACAUUACCGUCACGCCCAAUUACUCAGACUGGCUAGGCCAGGUGGCUCCCAUUGGGUCCCCCCAACGAGAUCAGCCGUUUCGGAGGCUCGUCCUACCUGCGGCCCAUGACGUGGGAAUGAAUAGUAUGCAAAACUGUGCUACAAUCCUCAAGCAUGCAGGUGGUGCAGUUGUCCGAACGCUCAUCGCCAAUGAGGAAAAGUACACACAAGUUCUAGCAGAUCUUGCCGACAAGCUCUCAGGGCCAGCUGUGUCUCUCAUAGCGCCAAACAUCAUUUCUAGCCUUGCCAUAACCCAGAAAGAUACUCUACCCACCAUACUCGCGCUAGGAGCUAGGUACUUUGAGUUCAGGCCUGCUUACUGUCAUCAUCAAGUCAGGCAACAUCUGCCCGACAGACCUUACUUUCAACAUAGUGCUAUACCCGGGAUGGCCUAUGAGGACUUCUUGAACGAGGUCGUGCGGUUUCUGGUUGAGCAUCCGACUGAGAUAAUUGUCGUUCAGCUGCGAUGGGAUGGCGUCCCGGGGGACUGCGAACGACCAAAUGACGAGCAGCAGAACGGACACCUUCAGGCUGCGCUGCGCCAAUUCGAAGGCCAUCACCAACACGUGAUAGCCGGGAACCUAGAUGAUCUUCGAACCAAAACAAUCGGUGAUUUGCGGCACGACCGGCGCAGGUUAAUCAUGCUUCGCGACGUUGACUCCCUGUCCACUUACACGGACGCAGGAAACGCCACCCUGAACGGCGAUAGCAUCGUGGAAGGCUUUGGCUCCGUUCUACAUCCGGACUGUUGCGGUGGACGUGGUUUCAUCAACAUCCAAUGUCAAGCGACGGCCUCGAAUAUACCAAAGGCUGUGGUGUACAGUGUCCUUGAAGCAGGCGCCUCAACAAGCUGCCUGUUGGCCACUAAGCCCAUAUGCGACAGCAAGACGCUCCCGUGGGUAAAGGACAACGCAGUGCGUGCUUGUGGGAACAACGACCUGGUUGUCAUAAUGAACGACUUUUUUGACGGUGCGACUGCUAAUGUUGCGAUGGAGCUAAGUCGACAACGCUUAGGGUAACUUCCUAGAAUAUUAUUAAAUAUAUUAAGUAAGGUCACUAUAAUUAAACUUUAAACAUUAU